AUGCGCUCCUGGCCCAACCGAACUGACUGUCUCUCUCCCGUUAACUGCAGCUGGGAGGAGAACUACUGGAACUACUACUUUAACGGGAGCUACCGGGGUCCCGUGCCCCCCGAAAACCUGUUCCCCAUCCCCGUUCUAAUGGGAAUCACCAUCACCUGUGCUCUCCUGUUCCUGGCGGGAGUGACCGGAAAUGUAAUGACUAUACUGGUCGUGUCUAAGUACAGAGACAUGAGAACAACCACUAACCUCUACUUAUGUAGCAUGGCUGUCUCAGACUUGUUGAUAUUCCUCUGUAUGCCCCCUGAUGUGUAUCGGUUAUGGAAGUACAGGCCAUGGAUAUUUGGAGAUACAUUCUGUAAGCUGUUUCAGUUCGUUAGUGAGUGCUGCACUUAUUCAACAAUUUUGAAUAUAACCGCUCUGUCCGUGGAGCGGUACCUGGCCAUCUGCUUCCCACUUCGCGCCAAACGCCUGGUCACCAAGCGACGUGUCCGUGCGCUCAUCCUCUUUCUCUGGCUCGUGUCGCUGAUGAGCGCGGGACCUGUCUUCGUUCUGGUGGGAGUGGAGCACGAGACUCGCCCAGCGGCGGGAAACUCUGUGACUGCUGGUGGGGCGGAAGGACAGACAGAGAUAGACACUAGCGAGUGUAAACCCACCCAGUACGCGGUUGAGUCUGGGCUUCUAGCCGCCAUGGCGUUGGUUAGCUCUGUGUUUUUCUUCCUGCCGGUGUUUUGUUUGACUGUGGUGUACAGUUUGAUUGGACGAAGGUUGUGGAAGAGACGGAGAGAGAACAAUAUUGGAGCCAACGUAGCACACAGGGACAAGAGCAACAGACAGACCGUCAAGAUGUUAGCUGUAGUGGUCUUUGCCUUCGUCCUGUGCUGGCUGCCUUUCCACUUGCAUCGUUACCUUAUGUCCCAUUCCUCCGAGGGCUCCUCUCCUCUCUGGUCUCUCUUCACCCAGUACUGUUCCCUUGUUUCCACUGUCCUCUUCUAUCUCUCGGCUGCCAUCAACCCUGUCCUCUAUAACACCAUGUCUAGGAAGUACCGGUCAGCUGCUGCCCAACUGUUUGGUCUACAGGAGACUCAACCACCACGAGGGAGAACAGCAAGCACUGUCAAAGGAGAGAGUUCACCUGCCUGGACAGAGUCCACUGUUAGCCUGUGA